AAUGUUGAGUUCGUAGUGUUGUGAGACAGAACUAUUGACAACUGUGGCGGAGAUGACUUACUCUUGUUAAUGGUGAACUUUGCUGCCUUCUGAGUGCUCCACCGCCCUAUCCAUGGUGGAAAUGGCAGCUCCUGGGCCCGCCGAGGAGUAGCCAGUAACCUGAGUCCUCUCCAGUAGCUGAUUAUCCCGCCAGACAUAAUGGCGGAGCAGCAGCAGCAGCAGCAGCCAGGCCUCAACAGGCUUGGUUCCUUAGGCAUGCCAUGUGCUGUGUCAGGGCGUCGAAGUAAUCUCCGCUUGGCAUUUCCGGGCCAGGGAAGACUAAAUAAUGACCGUCCACAAAACAAUUUGGAAUUUCCUGCCUCUGGUUAUCCUACAACACAAAUGCCACCUCCACCACCACCACCACCACCACCACCUCCGCCAUCUCCUCCACCUCUGCCCAGAGUCAUUGUCAAGAGUUCGACCAGCAGGCAAGUGGCAAUAUGUUGCACCUCAUCUCCUAGUAGUCCUUCAGCAUCAACCAGUAUGGUCAGCACAUCUCCCAUGGCCCCCUCCAGGGCUGUGCCCACUAGCUCCUUCAUAGCUUCUGCCAAUUCUCGCCCUCCGAUGCUACUCACUUUUCCUCCUGCAAGUCCUUCAAAUCUGCGGGAAAACAAAAAGAAGCACUUGGUGUUGCAUUUGCCUCCUCACCACAACCACCACCACCACAAUCACCAUGCCUAUCACAGUCAGCAUCAUCGCCACUCGUUUCAUCAUGAUGCCCUUAGGGACCGCAGCCACAAGAGUGGUAAGAGCAUCGCAUCGGUACCUCCACCAAGGGACAAGAUCACCCGAGGAAUUUAUCAAAGUAUCCAGUCAUCAGGAAAACUCAAGAUCUCUCCUGAAUUGCAAGUAGAAUUCACUGCUGAUGAUCUUCGAGACUUGGGGGAGAUUGGACGAGGAGGUUUUGGAACGGUUAACAAGAUGGUCCAUCGCAAGAGCAACACCAUCAUGGCUGUUAAGCGGAUUCGUUCAACAGUGGAUGAGAGAGAACAGAAACAGUUGCUGAUGGAUCUUGAAGUGGUCAUGAGAAGCAAUGACUGUCCAUGUAUUGUACAAUUUUAUGGUGCCAUAUUUAAGGAGGGGGAUUGUUGGAUAUGCAUGGAACUGAUGGACACAUCCUUGGAUAAGUUUUACAAAUUUAUAUAUGAACGAAUGCAUGAGAGACUACCAGAAAACAUGCUUGGCAAGAUAACAGUUGCAACACUAACAGCUCUGAACUACUUGAAGGAAAAAUUGAAAAUCAUACAUAGAGAUGUAAAACCUUCAAAUAUUUUACUGGACAAGCGUGGCAACAUAAAAUUAUGUGAUUUUGGCAUAUCUGGUCAACUUGUUGAUUCCAUUGCCAAAACAAGGGAUGCUGGAUGCAGGCCAUACAUGGCGCCUGAACGAAUUGAUCCUGCAAGAGCUCGUGGCUAUGAUGUACGGUCUGAUGUUUGGUCACUGGGCAUCACUCUUAUGGAGCUUGCCACAGGAAGCUUUCCAUAUCCUAAGUGGAACUCUGUGUUUGAGCAGCUGACACAAGUGGUGCAGGGAGAACCGCCUCGCCUCUCUCCAAAUGAAAAUGGAAACACUUUUUCUGAGGAAUUUGUGUGUUUUGUUAACACGUGCCUCAUCAAGGAUGAAAGCUCUCGCCCUAAGUACAAGCAGCUUCUUGAGCAUGACUUUGUUAUACGCUCUAGAGCUGAUCCUAUGGAUGUAGCAGAGUUUGUAUGUGGCAUACUGGACAAAAUGGCCAAUAAUGGACGAGUUAUGUACACAUACGAUUCGUACAAUUGCUGAUGAAGCUCUCAGCAUAGCACCUUCCUCGGCAGUUUUGACUGGACUAUGAGAGAAGUUGACUAGUGCAAGAUGGAGGUUCAGGCAGUGCGGCAUUUAUUUUUGUGUACCAUGGGUUACACCAGCAAGCACAUCAACUAUUGGAUUGAGAAUGCCAGCUCAGCUGCAGCAAGGCAUAGGCAGGCACUAAAUGGCAGCAAGUUGGCACAUAUUAAUUUACUGUGAUGUUUUACCCAGUGGGAUGAAUUUAGUUUUAGAAAAGUAAAAUAAGUAUGUCAGAUAUGAAAUUGUUACAGAAUUGAGAAGAGCAACUCCUGAAGAAAGCCAUAAUUGGUAAGAACCUUUUCUGAUAUAGAGUAUGUAGUGAAGCCUUUAACGUGCAAGUUACUUACAAAAUACAGCAUGACACAUCGGUCUAUAAGGUACUUGGCACUGUUGGGUAUGGAGGUGGGCAAGGUAUUAGUGCACUUGGAUGCUUGCUGAGGCUUUCUUGAGUGAGCUAAUUUUAGAUGCUCUUCAUAAUGGCAUUUCUGAUGCCUAGCUCCUUAGAUGAAAAUUUGAGUGACUUUAGAGUUGCCAUUAUUAACGGUAUACUUUCCUGAUGAACUUGACUGUGUUCCCUGAUGUAAUAAAAAGACAAAAAAAGUGACAUAACCUCGUAAAAAUAAUUAUAUCAUAACACAUUUAGAUUAUAAAUAUUUAGGAAGAUGACUAUUUUUAGUGCCAUUGUUAUAUAGUGUGAUUAUGAUUUAAAAAAAUUAUUUAUUUAUUGUAUAGGGUGUUGAACCACAGAUCCCUAGGGUGAUUUCUAGAACAGUUUGUGUGAGUACGUGCACAUGGAUGAUAGGAACAUAACUUCCUAAAAGACACUUUAAUUACUUUGCUAUGGUUCUUGGGUUACUGUUAUCCCAAUACGGACACAAAUAUAUUGGGUUUAAAAUAACAUUUCAUGGUCUUGUUUUUUAUUAUAAAUAUUUUGCUUUGUUUCUAAUUAACAAGAAUGAAUGUAAUCUGAGUUUUUCAUGUUCCUGCAUAACAGUUGUGAAAGUAAAGAAUGAAAGCCAAGUUAAUUUUUAAUCUGCCUUUGCAGUUUUGCAAAUGUUGGUCAUAAUUAUUUUUCUUUGGUUGCAAAAGUUUUUCUCAAAAUUGAAGAGAUAAUAAUGCCAUUGGUUUAAUGUGUUAUUAGUUUCACCAGUUAACCUCUUCAAUAUGUGUGAUUCCCAGUAUAAUUACCUUAAGAGAUUACAAGUGGAAGGCUCCUCCAUCAUUGUGAACAUGAUGAGGACCACCAUCACUGAGCUCAGAUCAAAUUAAUACACUGCACUUAAUUUGUCAUGGCUUGUGAGGAGCUCUUGCCAGAGUAUUAUUUUCAGACAAUAUUGUUCCAGUCACCUGUGUUCCAUAAUAAACAAAAGUAUUUUAAAUAUUCUCUCUCUCUCUCUCUCCUCCUCAUGGGCCUAAUUAAGAUUAGACAGAAAAUUUUGUUAAACUACAUACAAUAUGAAAUUGAUGGCAUUAAGAUACUGUAAUGUUUAACAACAUUUGGAGUGGUCUUGUAGUGACAGUCCAUAAUGUUCCAUUGUAUGCCAAGUUUUUACUAAUAAGGAAGUGAACUUCUUUCUUUGGUUAUUAAGAAAUUCAAGAUCACUUCCUCUAAGAAUUUCUUUAUAAUGAUGCAAGUUCUAUCCUAUCGUGACACUGGGAAGCAGUUGUCAGUCACUUCCCUCUGUCCUGACAAGACAGAUGAGCAGUUCAUUUUGUUACUUAAACUUUUUACUGCUGGGAACACUCACCACCUGUGGACUGUUGUCAACUAAUGGUGAUUGUAGAUUUUUUCAAAUGAAUAAUGUGUUCAUAACCUCUGUAUACCUCUGUAUUUGAAUGUCUUAACUGAAUGUCCUCAUUAAUUUUUGUAAACAAUUUUAAAGGCAGUUAUACAUUUUAAACUUGUUAUAGGAUGAAAUGACAAAUGGAUUUCAAAGCAUAUUUGGGCAGCAACUGGAGAAAGAACUUAAAAUGAAGAGACGUUAACAUGUUUGACAUUUGACUAUUUUUGACAAAAGUAACUGAUAUGUCACUGAAUGAGGAAUUGGUAGUGAUGUUAUUGUGUGCUUGCUACCUCCCACAUGCAGUCUGGAUUAAUUAGAAAUGGUCUUUUGAAAGACUCAGUAGGUAGCUACUUGUUUGUUAUUACAUAUAGAGAAUUAAUGGAUUCUUGCUUUUUGCAGGUGAGAGGAUUCAUAUGGUAACAUUACAUAGAGUAGUUUGAUUGAAAUCAAUCCCGGCACAUUGCUUUAAUUAGUACGAGUAAUAGUCCAUGCACAUAGCCUUGUGUAGUAAAGUUGAUUAUGGUCUGUAGUAGGCACUAUAUCUCAUGUUUGCUGUAUAUGUUAUUGGUCUUUGUGCAGUAUGCAUACUGAUGACUAUACUGCAUUUGAUUUAGAAAAAUUAUGUGAGUAGUUUGUUAAAACUAGAGGCAAAAGCUAAUUCACAAUAUGUUAACUUGCUAUCAAGACCAAAGUUGAUUAUCUCACUUUGCAUGUACAAUACUACUUAUAAACAAUUUGAAAUCACUUAAAUAUCAGCUAGAUAGUCUUAUUAGAAUAUUGCUUUUAGAAUCCACAUUGACUUAAAAGGUCAUCUUGCCUGAAGUAGAUAUUUUAGGAAAAUAUUGAGUAAAGACAAUAUGCACCGUUAAUUUCCUUGCCAUGGCUUGUGCAUGAGAUAUCAGUAGAGAACAUCCAAUAAUCAAUGUACAACUAAGAACCGAACUGAAUAUUUAGUUUUGCUUAGUUUGGCUGUGAAGAUAUUUCAUCUAAUUUUUUUUAGUUUUACCUUAUAGGUAGUACACAAAACACUCAUCACUGCCUCGUGUGGUUGGUCACCUCUUGUGUAAUGUAAUCCAGUGUUCCAAUGGAGCAAUGUUUACAGUAAACAAAUUUGUCUAUAUUGCUCAAUAACAACACGUGUGAACAAGUAGUAAAUAAACUCUUAUGUAGGGUAGGGAAUCUAUAUAACAGAUAGUUACUGCACAAACUUUUUCAUGUUUACCCAAAAUACUUAAAACCCAAAGUAAAGAGGAAAAAUGGGGACAGAUGGGAUUACAUAUUUGUGAAUCACAUGUAUACAGAAGGUCCUUGUGUACAGGCACUGAUAAUCUUAACAUCUGUACUCAAGAUGUACUAAUCCCAUUCCUUCUCCUUGGACAUGUGAUCGAUAAAAUAUUGUAAUUGUCCCACUGGUGCUGUUGCUUCUUCUGUGCGCUUAUGUGUGUGGUUUUCUGUAGACUUGAAAAAGCUAAUAGUACAGGUUUCCCCCUCGCUUUAUAUAGGUUUGCUUUAUGUGAAUUUAUUAUGUGAUGUCCCAUUUCUAUUGGUGAUUCUGUAUACAUGAUAUACUUUACAUUUUGUUGUGUGCAAUUGGUGCAGUUCACAAAAAAGUAUUAGAUUCUUAUUUUGUGGAAUUAAGCGUUGAUGACUUGAUUGAGAUUAAUACAACUACCAUGGGCCUGGAAUGCAUCAAAUGCAUAAAGCAAGGGACACCUGUACAGUGAAGUGUCUAUAAAAUUAGUUCACUACCUUGCUUGUAUUUACAUUGUCUAUAUUAGCUGGCUAGUGAAAUGAAUACAUGAAAACUGAAAUAUAGGAGGAAGUGAGAUAUAAUUAUGGCAUCUGUACUUACCAGUGUCCUUCUUUAUAUUAAAAUGUAUUAUCAAGAUACGUACUUGUUGAUCAAAAAUACAUUUUAGCAUGUACUGUAUACAUAUUACAGUAUGGUUAUAAUUUGUCUAUUUUAUCUAUGCAAUGAGCAUGGGAAUAAGAUUUUCUAAACCAUGGUAAUAAUAUUUCAGGUGAAGGGGAUGAAUGAUGAUAAAGGACCAGUCCCAGUUGUUAGUAAUAUGAAGAAGUUAACUCCAGGUUACAAGAGAUAAGUUAUUCUCUCAUGUUAAGCUUGUUUGCCCUCGACAGAGUAGCCAUGUUUUGCCACUGUCCGUCCUACCUGCCUUCUUGUUGAUGUAACUCUGUCUUCUCUUUGAAUAGAUUUCAGAAUGCUCUACAGCCUCAUGAUUAUAGGUGAAGUUAUUAAUGCAAUACAUUGUUUGAAUUUAAUUUGUUUUAUUUACAGUAUUUAUAUUUUGAGAAGACGAAAAAUAAGAAUGGAAGUACAAUACUGUAAUUCAUUGUUUGUUUGGUAGUUAUCCCUUGGAGGUUGAUCAUGUUGACUUAUUUUUUCAUCUUUUCAUCAUUUUGAAAAGUCUUUUAUUGCACCAGGUGUAGUACUCUUGUCUGUACUGGUUGUAUAAUUUUUCUUAUCUCUGACACAUGUAUGUGGUCUGUUUUUAUAAGGUUGCUGGUUGGUCGCAUUCUGAGUAACCCAGCGCUACUUUCACUACUUGUUGUCAGUCAACUAAUUGAUGAUAACACUACACUCAAGUAGGGUCAUCAAUUAUUCGGGUUGUGAUUUUAUUAAAAUGAGUCAAAUUCUAACAUGUCAAGAUCUGGGGCAUUGAUGUGGAUCAUACAAUACUGAUUAUUCCAUUGGUUAUUUAAAAAUAAAUCCAUAUUCAUGGUUAAUUUUACACUCUUAUUUCAAUAACCUUUUGUAAUCAUAAUUAAUAUUAAGGAACACCUUUGUCGCAUCUAAUUCUUACUUGCAGUACCGCAAUUUUAGGUUUUGAGAAAGUCUUGUACAAAUUACAUAUAAUUCUUUAAACUGUGUUUCUGUUUAUAAACUGCUAUCUGGAUGUUGUAUAGAUCUUUGAAUCAUAAUCCAUCCAUUAAUAAAAUUAAAGGGGAGCAAGGGGCUAGUGACCCCUUCUCCUGUAUGAAUUACUAAAUGUGAAAAAGAAAACUUUUCUUUUUCUUUUUAGGUCACCCUGCCUCGAUGGGAGAUGGCCGGUACAUUAAAAAAAUUAGACUGGUAAUACAUUUGACAUACAGCACUUGUACUUUGAUGAUUCAAGGGAGUGACAGUAUUUGAACUCUUGCUUUGAAUUUACCAGCCCACCCCAUUACCCACUCAACCACAGAGUUUAAAUCCGGUCUCUCCAUUGAAUUGUUACAUUUGUUCAUUACAAAUUUUCAGUACACACCCUGAUAAGGUUUACUAGAGGAGAGAAGGAAGGGCUAAUUGAAUUUUAUUGAAAGAAACAGUAUUGUACCUGCCUUGCAUUGUCUUGAGAACUCUUAAUUAAUUCUUCUUCUCUUGUUCCUAUUUCUGAACACCUGUUGUGCUUGUAAAACCAGCAAACAGUACUCUUAGUUGAUCGGUCAAUUAAAAUGUUAUAGAGAAAUAAUUAGUAGUUACUACCUGCAUGUGUAUUUUUUCAACAUUUUGUGAUACAGCUUGUAAACAGGCUGUAUAUUUCUUGUAUGAGCCAUGACUUCAUACACAUCCAUAAACCUUAGGCUCUUCCUCGCUGUUUUUAUGGCAUUCUCCAUAUAUGUUUACCUUAGCAAAACAAUUCCUUGAUUGCACAAACACUGAAAGUUGUUUAAAACAUCUUUAAUUUUUCAGUUACUUCAUAACCCUCCCCACAGUGUAAUAAAAUUUUUGUUGGAGCCACGUGAUCAUUUGUCCUCUGACCUGUAUACUACAACAACUGAGAUCAUAAAAUCAUUUGUGGGUCAAUAAAAAUACAAUAACAACUUAUGGCACCUAAAGAAUCCUGAUAAACUCUGUAGUUAAUGAUUCAUUUCUACACUGAUGUCCUGAGUGAGAUUAUCAUGAGUCCUAAAGAACUUUUUUAUCCAGUGUUGGAGCUUCCAGUGUAAUGAAUAAUUAUUUCUCGUGAAAACUUUUUAAAUUACUGCAAAAUUGUUUGUUUACUUAUUCUAGGAUAAACUACAUGACUUUUAUUCAUUAUGUUGUUGAUUUUUCAUGUGUUUGUAAUCAGCUUUUUUCUUGUAUUAUAAACUUCUUCUGCCUCUCUCUUUGUCAUUAGUUUAUGUUCUUUCUGCGCUUUAUAUCUGUAUUCAAUAAGUUUUCUUUUUUUGCAUUGUGUCUACUUUUUCAUGUAUUAGUAUUUUAAUUUUUAAUUAUAUUUAUUAUAUUCUAAGAAAAAAACUCAUUUAUUGCACCAUAGUAUUGAGACUCCUCAGUAACUAAUUCAUUGUUGGAUUUUGUAAGUACUGAAUGAUUAUAUGGUAUUAUUCAUAAUGACAUAUCAGGUCUGGCUCAUUAUAGAUUGUCAAAUUGUCAUUAUACUGAUGUUAUAAUGUACAACAUGUGCAAAUGUGCUGGAUUCAUAAUACAGUAUUGUGUGUAUUACUAUGUGAUAAAAUUUAAUUUGUCUCGUAAAUUUAGGCGUCAGUAGAGUAUGGAAAAUUCUCGUAAACUCUUUCAUAUUUUAAUGGAUUAAAUUACAUUAGCACAAAGGGUGUGAUUGGCAUAGUUUGGUUGACCAGUCAUAGGUAAUCAUUCUAUUGGUUGGCUUGAUGCAUUAUGUUCAAGACUUGCCUAAUGAAAAUUUCUAAUUUUCGUGGAUUAUAGUUGACAAAUAUUCUAGUUUAUGAACAAAAUAUUUGAAAUUGAGACUAUUGUUUAUUGGAUAAUCAGGAUUACCAUGUCUGUUGUUUUAUUUGAUUGAUUACUGGGUAAUGUGGAGUCGUAUGAUCGAGUCUCACUGAAACACAGUUAUUAAUAAUCCUCUUAUACAAUAAGGAUUCCAAAGGGAUAUUUGUAUAAUUAGUCUCCUAGAUGAUUUGAUUUUGCAAAUUUGGAAUUAAUCAGAAUUCUAAUUGAUUGGGUUGUAGAAAUAGGAUGAGAAGUGAUAUAAUUGCAUUUUCGUUAUACUGAUGUUAUAAUGUACAACAUGUGCAAAUGUGCUGGAUUAAAAGGCUGCCAAUACA